AUGGCGGCCCGCCUCUCUGCCGCCACACCCGAGGACAUGGCGGCCAUCAUCCAAGCAUCCGCGGAGCUCCGCCCGGAGGAUUUGGGUCGAAUCCCUGGCAAGGGCGAGGCCGCGGCGCUCCAGUGGAAACACAAUCUGGGCCAAGGAGCAUCUGCAGAUCUCAAGGUUCCGGAGGACAUGGCCUCGCGCUUGGCUAAGGUGGCCAUCAGCGCUGUGGACGCCAUCGGAAUGCGCUUCUGCAGCGUGGACAUCAUCGAUGUUGAGGGCGAGGGCCUCAUGGUCAUGGAAGUCAAUGGUGGCGUGAUGAUGGAUUCCUUGAUGUCGCAGAUGGGCGAAUCCGGCAAGGGACUGGCUGCAGAGCUUUACGAAGCAGCCGUCCUUGAAGCGCUCAGUCGCUGA